AUUCCUCUCCUUCUUCUUCGGUUUCUUCCCUCUUCACUCUCUCCCUCUCUCUCUCUCUGUUUCUCUUCUUCCUGAGACAUGGGAUCCGGGACCACGGAUCCAUCGGCGCUGAUGCGAGAAUUCCUGCGGGAGGCCGGGGGGUGCGCCGUGCUCGACGGGGGGCUGGCGACGGAGCUCGAAGCCAACGGCGCUGAUCUCAAUGACCCCCUCUGGAGCGCCAAGUGCCUCAUCAGCUCCCCCCAUCUCAUCAGAAAGGUCCAUUUAGACUACCUUGAAGCAGGUGCAAAUGUUUUGAUCACAGCAUCCUAUCAGGCUACCAUUCAGGGAUUUCAAUCCAAAGGUAUUUCUAGGGAAGAAAGCGAAGAUUUAUUGCGUAAAAGUGUUGAAACUGCUUGUGAAGCACGUGAUGUAUUCCAGAAGGAGUAUUCUAAACAUUCUCAUAAUGUUGAAGACAACGAAACUACGUACAAGCAACAUCCUGUUUUGGUGGCAGCCUCCAUAGGAAGCUAUGGAGCAUUUUUGGCAGAUGGUUCUGAAUAUAGUGGAGACUAUGGUGAAGCAGUUACCCUUGAAACUUUGAAAGAUUUUCAUAGGAGAAGACUUCAGGUGCUUGCAGAUUCGGGUGCUGAUCUGAUCGCCUUUGAAACAAUCCCAAAUAAAAUAGAAGCUCAGGCAUACGCUGAGCUUCUUGAGGAAAAUAAUAUAAAGAUUCCAGCUUGGUUUUCUUUUAACUCGAAGGAUGGAAUUAAUGUGGCAAGUGGAGAUUCAUUAAUUGAGUGUGCCUCUAUCGCCAAUUCAUGUAAAAGGGUUGUUGCUGUUGGAAUCAACUGCACUCCUCCAAGAUUUAUUCAUGGGCUAAUUCUUUCUAUUCAGAAGGUUACAGAUAAGCCAAUUUUAGUCUAUCCAAACAGUGGAGAGAGAUAUGAUGCUGAUAAAAAAGAAUGGGUGGUGUCCACCGGAGUUUCAGAUGAAGAUUUUGUAUCUAAUGUUGGCGUAUGGCGUGAAGCUGGAGCUUCUCUUAUCGGCGGUUGUUGCAGGACAACUCCAAAUACUAUCAGAGCCAUCUCGAGGGCUCUUCACUCGGGAUAUGAUGUUCCGCAAACAUCUGUACCAUAAACUCUUCAGAUCUAAGCUUUAGUUGAUGUCAAUGUUAAAAGAGACCUGUUAGAAUUAAAGUGCUGAGCUCUGCACCUUUCUUUUGUUUACACACAAUCUCAGGUGCUUAUAUUGCCACUUUAUUGUGUCUUGUCAGAUCUACACAGGUUGGGUGGUCCAUUGGUCUAAAAACUUCUCUUGUUGCUCUGC